AUGCAAAGACGUUCAGAAAGGGAAGAAAGGAGGCUUACACAGAAGAAGUUGGGACAGUUAGUACGGCUCUUCUUGGAGCAGAGGAGGCUACAAGGCAUCAUAGUAGACAUUGCCAAGAUGAUGAGAGAACUAAUCCCUGUAACUGCAGAUGCUGGAGAGCGGAGAGUGCUUUUCACAGCAAGACUGCUAACACAGCAAGUCUGGCAGAGCUGUAGAGAGAAAACAGAGACAAAAACAGGAAUUUGUUUGCUCCAAGAUGGAAGUCAAGAGCCUUUUGAAGUGCGAUUGCACUUAGCAAAGGACAUUUUAACAAUUCAGGAGCAAGAUGUCAUCUGUGUCUCUAGUGAAGCCUUCUAUUCAAGUGAAAGAACAGUUUCAAUCAGAAGACAGACAAUUGGUGGAUUUGGUCUAAGUAUAAAGGGUGGAGCUGAACACAAUAUUCCAGUGAUUAUAUCAAAAAUCUCAAAGGAACAGAGAGCUGACCUGUCUGGCUUGCUGUUUAUUGGAGAUGCUAUCCUUCAGAUAAAUGGAAUAAAUGUUAGGAACUGCAAACAUGAAGAAGUGGUUCAAGUUCUGCGUAAUGCUGGGGAAGAAGUAACUCUCACAGUUUCAUUUUUAAAGAGAGCACCUGCCUUCUUGAAACUCCCUUUGUAUGAAGACUGCACAUGUGUUCCCAGUGACCAAAGCAGUGGUACAUCUUCCCCACUUUGUGACAGUGGAUUACAUCUUAACUACCAUCCCAACAACACAGAUUCACUCUCAUGUUCUUCAUGGCCCACAUCCUCAGGCCUAAAGUGGGAGAAGCGCUGGUGUGAUCUACGGCUAAUCCCCCUUCUUCAUUCUCGUUUGUCACAUUAUAUUCCAGGAACUGAUAUUGUCAGGCAAAAUGCAUUUCAAGUAAUUGCUGUCGAUGGUGUCUGCAGUGGUGUCAUUCAGUGUCUCACUGCUGAAGACUGUAUAGAUUGGUUGCAAGCACUGGCCAUUAAUAUAUCCAACCUUACCAAGCACAAUAUUAAAAAGAUAAACAGGAAUUUUCCUGUAAAUCAACAGAUAAUCUACAUGGGCUGGGUAGAAGACCGGGAGCCAGACUCAUUGCAAGACAAACUAUACACACCAAAGUAUUUAGCUGUGAGAGGCUCUUGCCUAUACAAAUUUACAGCACCUCCGGUGACCACAUUGGAUUGGACAAAAGCAGUGAGGAGUUACACAGUCUAUGAAAUUAUGUGCAAAAUUCUGAAGUGUAAGACUUAUGCUUGUGUGCUGGAGAGUCACCUCAUGGGACUGACAAUAGACUUCAAUAUGGGUUUUGUAUGCUUCGAUGCUGCAUCAAAGAUUGUUCUCUGGAGAUAUAAAUUUUCACAGCUGAAAGGCUCUUCAGAUGAUGGAAAAAGCAAGAUAAAGUUUUUAUUCCAGAACAUUGACACUAAACAAAUUGAAGCAAAGGAGCUGGAAUUUUCCAACCUUUUCGCAGUACUUCAUUGUAUACACUCCUUUUUUGCUGCUAAAGUUGCUUGCAUGGAUCCUCUCUACAUUGGAAGCCAGCCUGUUGUUGGGAAGGCCAAGUACAGUAACUGA